GUAAUUGAGGUGGCCGACCAAGAGGUAACAAGCAAUCGGAUCAUAUCUUCCGGAAUUAGAGCUUCCAAGUAAGGAAGGAAUUGACCUCGACGCCUAAUAAUCUGUUGGGAAGAACGACAGAGACUAUUUCUUCUUGCACAUUUUUCCGGCCUACUGCUGGCACUGCUUACUUGCUUCAUGUAAGUGACUGAAAUGUGAUCUAUCUUCAUAUCGGUGCCGCGAUGAACGUUUGAUAGCCUGAGAGAUCUUAUAGGCCUUACCGGUGGCAUUCGGACUUGGGCUGCUGUCAGUGGUCGCUGCUGCCGCUCGGGUUGUUCAAGUCAUUGUAGGGCACUACAAAUUGCGAGUUACCACUCUCAAUUACGCGCUAUUUCUAUUUACCGGUUUUCACUGGCUCGCAUGGCUUCAAACGCGCUGUCUUAUGAUAUCGCUAUCGAAUGCUUCACACGCCUGUACAUGAAGGUGUAGGAAAAGGUUUAUCUGCGUAUGUGACUCGGACAUAUCACUUGCCAGUGCCUGGACCGUGUUCACACAUUUACUACGAAUAUGUCGCCUGCAGUCGUGCUAAGCCUGACGGUGAUCUUCUGUGCUUGGCUACUUCGUCGCCUCAGCCGUAUUGGUAGUCGAGAGCGUGGCCUUCCACCUGGUCCUCCGACUCUGCCUCUGAUUGGCAACCUUCAUCAAUUCCCCAUGUCGUUUGCACAUGUUAAAUUCAUGGAAUGGGCCCAAGUUUACGGGGAUAUCAUCUCGGUAAAGCUUGGUCCUCAAACUGUUGUUGUUUUAUCCAGCCCAAGUCUGGUCCGUGAAUGCAUUGAUUUACGCAGUGCUACCACGUCAGAUCGCCCGACGCUUCAUAUUCCCAAGCUGUUGUACGACGACAACGGAGAAAUGUCUCUUGCUCGAUAUGGUCCUACAUGGAAGGCAAUGCGUCGAGCAGCGCGUGACAUCCUGAGUCACGAAGCAUGUAUGAAGCACCUGCCCAUUCAACAUGCAGAAGCUGGUCAAUUGAUGUAUGACCUCCUAGAGCAUCCCAAGGAAUUUUACACUCACAUUUACAGGUACUCCGCAUCUGUCAUCUUCUCUGUUGUAGCCGGCAUACACUGUUCGCAAUUCGAAGGCAGCGUUGUUGAAGAUCUCGAUAGUAUGUUACGUCAACUAGAAUACAUCUUGAGACCCGGUGGCUCCCCGCCCGUUGAUCUCAUCCCACUCUUGAAGUACAUCCCAUCGAGGUGGGCACUGUGGAAGACGAAAGCCAAAGAAGUUCGGGCGGUACAAGAGAAGCUCUUCUUCGGCAUACUUGACCAUUGCGUCGACCGCAUCAAACGUGAAAAACGUAAUGACUGUUUCUUAGAAUACGUUUUAGACCAUCAAAGUCAUUACGGCCUUGAUUACAGGCAGAUGGCAUAUCUCGGGGGAACACUGUUCAUGGCUGGCGCCGAUACAACCGCAGUUUUUCUGCGAUGGUUUAUCGCAUGCAUGGUCACGUAUCCCGACAUCCAGAAGCGAGCCCAGCAGGAGGUCGACGAAGUCAUCGGCCUCGAUAAAUCCCCUGUAUUAGAUGACAUUGAGAAGCUACCAUAUUUACGGGCAAUUAUUAAAGAGGUUCAUCGAUUUCGCCCUAUAACGCCAACUGCAGUGCCUCAUUCCGCAACUGCAGAUGAACGAGUCGGCGACUUCCUGAUUCCGAAGGGUGCGACAAUCUUCAUGAAUGUCUGGGCUAUCUAUCACCACGAGGAUUAUUUCGACAACCCAGAGCUUUUCAAUCCCGAGCGGUACAUCCGGUCAGAGCAUGGUGCUAAACCUGGAGUUGACACUACGGGACUUCGGGAUGACCUUAUGUUUGGCGGUGGACGUCGAAUUUGUCCAGGCUCGCACUUAGCUUCAAAUUCCAUUUUCCUGAAUACCAUGGACUUUUUGUGGGCCUUUAAAUUCCAACCCGCAACCGAUGAGGUCACAGGGCUUCCCAUUCCCAUUGACCUAAACAGUUACAACGGUGCUCUGAUCGGUUCACCAACGCCCUUUCAAUGUGAAAUCAUACCUCGAAGCGAAGCGAAGGCUGGUAUGAUUCGCGAGCAAUUCGCGGCGGCAAGCCCUACGUUCGAACUAUUUGAACAACACACUUCUCUUCAAGACAAGCCUGAUGAUGGGGCGUGAAGAUACUGUUCCUCUAUUGCUACUUAAAGCCGACCGAUUGUGUUCUUGCUUUCAUACUGAAUUUGUGUUGUGGAGAAUCACUGCAGAUCGAACGAUGUUAUUAAUAUUACUCUCUCGUGGUACUGUCAUGAGACUACCUGACUGUCUCGUAGGAUAAAACGUUGACACCAAAUGCAUAUGAAUAGUGUGACUCGACUACGAAUGCCACCUAUGAAUGAACCUGUCUAGGAUCUACGAUGCACUGCAGAGUCAGACCCACCAAGUUAUGAGUACUUAA